AUGGUGUCAGGAUUUCCAAAACCGAUUAUUCGGUGGAAGAAAGAUGGCAUUAUUGCCUUGGACAAUAAAAACAGUGGUAUACGACUGAUUGAAAAUGGACAAGGAUUAGAAAUUGUGGAAGCAAAACUUGAGCAUGCUGGUGUUUGGACUUGUGAAGCAUCGAAUGCCGCUGGAAAUGCACAUUAUGAAAUAAAUUUGGAUAUCUGGACGCUUCCAACCGUAUCAAUUUAUCCAGAAGAUAACGUCAAACCAGUCGAUAGUUCUGUAGUAAUCAAAUGUGAGGUCAGAGGUAAUCCCGAACCUUCAAUAUCUUGGAGUAAAGAUGGACAACCACUUAUUACAUCUUUUGAAGGAGCAAGAAUUUCUUUCAAAGGUGCCAGGUUGGACAUUCCUCGACUGAAGCAGUCUCAUGUAGGCGAAUACACGUGUACUGCGGUUAACGAAGUUGGCACCUCCUUUGCAACUGUUCUUGUUGAUGUUUUAGUUCCACCAAUGAUUAAUCGCGAUAACAUCGAGAUGAGUCCACGUUUACCAACAGCUCAAACGUUGACAUUAAUCUGUGACGUGAGAGGCAAACCAUUACCACAAAUAUCAUGGCUAACUUGGAUUGGAUUAGCUUUUAGGUAUGUAAAUGAUACGUUACUACGUGAAACGCAUUCAAAUGUGAUAAUUGGUGAAGGUGGUCGUUAUCUUCAGGUAAGUGAUAUCAAUUUACGUGAUCGUGGUGCAUACAAAUGUGUUGCAACAAACAUUGCGGGAAAAGAUGAACUUUUGUAUACCGUAGCGAUCGUUCAAGCUCCAACGGUGCUUAAUGGUGGCACACAACAAGUUGUGGAGGGUGAAGAAGCAAGGAUUUUGUGUGACGUAAGUGGUGAACCAACGCCUAUAGUUACGUGGCAACGAAACGGAAUACGUAUUGAAACUGGAAUAAGAUAUAUAAUUGAAGACCAGACUCUUCGUUUACCGGAUGUUCGCAGUUCAGAUUCUGGCUUGUAUGUCUGCAUGGCCACAAAUGAAGCCGGAUCAGCACAACAAGCAUUUACCCUUGAAGUCUUAGUUGUUCCUCGAAUUGUUACAACAUCUCCAAACGAAUCAGUUGUUCCAGUCGGUACUCCGUUCAGUUUGAAAUGCGGUGCACGUGGUUACCCAUCCCCUGACAUAAUCUGGUCCGUCAACGAGCACGUAAUUGGUGAAAACGACGAAGUUUACUCCGUUGCGGAAGACGGAACUUUGUUUGUUGACGAGGUCACUGAACAGAAACGUUUAGUUUUCAAAUGCAGAGCUGAGAACAACGCUGGCUCACACGUCAAAGAAUAUAUCGUUGAAACAAUUGGCCCACCGAUCGUGACAAAAAAAGGUAUUAAAACAAUUAAUACAACAGAAGACGAACCGACAUUAUUACUUUGUGAAAUUGAAGGACAAAUUCCUGAAAUUUUAUGGUUUAAGGAUAAUGCGCCACUUGUGCUGAAGCCCAACGUAGAGUUAAGUGCAGAUCGAACUCAAUUGAAAAUACACAAUUCCAAACUUCACGAUGAAGGCUUGUACAGCUGCGUUGCAGUGAAUCAAGCUGGAAACGCAACGCAAAAGCAACAGCUUUACGUUGGUGUACCACCACGAAUAACAGAAAAACCACGUCGAAUUGUGGUAAAAAGUGGUCAAGCGGCUGAAAUGUGGUGUGAAGCAGUUGGCAUUCCAACACCACAUAUUACGUGGUUAAAAGAUGAUAAAGCUUUACUGCAAACAGCGUUGGAUGAUCACACGGAAUUGUUGAAGUCGACUGCCUUCUUCGCAAAUGUCUCCAGCAGAGAUGCAGGUGUAUACACAUGUAAAGCAGAAAAUUGGGCUGGUACUAGCUACAAAGAUGUCGAUCUAGUCGUUCUCAUUCCACCUGAAAUUCAUCCUGAACGCAUGAAUAUCACGGCAAAUGUUGAUGAAACGGUCACGUUAACGUGUAACACAACAGGCACACCAGAACCUGUGGUUUCUUGGAUGAAAAUGCCAAAUAUUGAUAUUAUUGGCAGUGAAGAGAAGUAUAGAAUUUACGGCACAACGUUACAUAUCAAAAAUGUUGGCUCAGAAGAUGAUGGAUUUUAUCACUGCGUUGCAAAAAGUAAUGCAGGUCAAGCAAUUGGUUCAAGAAGACUUAUUGUCAAAGUUCCGAAGAAAGAUUACAAAGUGAUUUGGGUGGAAUGUGAUGAGUUGGGUCAACCGAUCAAGACAACUUAUGUUCCAGCACGUGGUGAUGUUCCUGAAGACGGUAAAACUUUUCUACCGUGGAAACAAGAAUAUCAGGAUCUCCCAGAGAACGGAACAAAUGGAGUAUUGAUUAAAUGUCUGCCUGGAGGUCGGGAAACAAGAGAUACUGCUUUUGCAGCAAUUCCACGGUUCACCAGAUCUCCAAAAAGCCAGGCAGUGUCUCCAGGGAGUUUUGCCAGCCUUCACUGCAGCGCUAUCGGUCAUCCUACUCCGCACAUUAUGUGGAUGCGACACGGAGCUUAUAUUAAAAACAGGUCAUAUUCUACAUCAGGUCAUUCAAUUUUACGCGUGAAGAUAGAGAGUGACGAUGAUGUAGGUGAAUAUAUUUGCUUGGCUCAGAAUACUGUUGGUGCUGCUACAAGUAUCGCCACGUUAACUAUGAAAGGAAGAAAAGUGGAAAAAGUUCACGCACGUUCAGUUGCUUUAUUAAAUUGCAUGCUUAAUGAUCAAAUUUUGAAUCAAAACGUUGUUUGGAAAUUCUUUGGUUCAUCAUUAAACAAUUCGAAUGGAAAAGUUAAUAUAAUGCGGAAUGGUUCACUUGUUGUUUAUGAUGUUACCAAAAGUAAUUUGUUGGAUAUAUCCCCUUAUCAUUGCUACACAAAAAAUGGUAAAGGAGAAAUCGGUGUAAAUUUAAUGCAAAUAUUAGAGGAAGUACCACAUGUACACGUCAGCCCAAAACAAAUUCUCGCCAAUUUAAAUGAAUCGUUAACUUUGAACUGUAUAACAAACUUUGACCCGCUCACAACAUCAAUACAUUGGACAAAAAAUGAUGGCAAAGUGAAGAAUGAUGAAAGAAUCAGAAUACUCAUAAAUAAUUCUCUUCAUAUCUCGAAAUUAUUACUUUCCGAUCGUGCGAUAUUUAAAUGUAUUGCAUCUAAUCGUUAUGGAAAAUCAUUUGAUGACGUAAAAGUUAUUGUAAGAGAUGGCCCGUUAGAUGUGAUCAACAAAAUUGAAGGGACAGUAAACGGGAAAAGAAUAAAACGUGAAGCAGUGAUGAUGAGCGUAGACCCUCAAUUAGAAUUUAACGUAGUGACAGUGAAUACUAAAAGUUUCUUUAAUAAUGAAGGGUCUCCAGAAUCCAGCGCAGAUACAUUGCUGAGUUAUAUGUUGGCGGCUUCACCUCAGCUUGCGUUCAAUCCAUGGCAAAAGAAAUCUCUUGCUGAAAUGGAAUUUCAUCGAAUCACAAACUAUCAUUUUGAAAGUGGCCAAAAUUUACGUAUAAAUCAAGAAUGGCAAACUUUGAAUGAAAAUUACUCAAAACUUAAUGUUAACAUCGACGGACAAGUGCCACACAUCAAAAAUGACGUAAAUACGUGCUAACU